UUUUUAGCUAUAGCUAUAGGUAUAGUUGAUACAUGUUUGAGUUCGUGAGCUUGUGAGUGGAAAAUUUUACUCUAGUAAAGAACAGUGAAGAAGUUCAUCAGUAGAAACGGUUUAGUUGAAUACUAUCUAUUGUGUUUGCUAUUUUUUUAUUUUAUUUGGACUUUAUUAUUAAUAUAAUUUCUAAAAGGCUACGGCCUUGUCAUGCUAUCUUAUGUCAAGUAUAACUAGAACUAGAAGCUUUGAACCACAAUCGGAGGAGUGUGAAAAUUCCGUGGAUAGAAAGAGAAAUUCAUCUUUCAGUGAUAAUAAUACAUGUAAAAGACUAAAAACAGAAGAAAUGAAUGAAACUACGCCCAGAAGGGCCAAUUUUUCAGCUUUACAACCAAAUUCUAAUGGAAUUAAUCGGAUGCAACCAUUCUUGACUUCUCAAAAAACGGCUCCAUCAACAAAGAAGUUGGUUAUUAAAAAUUUUAAAGAAAAGCCGAAAUUGCCUGAGAACUAUCAAGAAGUAACAUGGGAAAAACUAAAGGAAGCUGUAAUAGCAAUUCAAACUUCAAGAUCAAUUGCCUACAGCUUAGAAGAAUUGUAUCAGGGUGUAGAGAAUAUGUGCAACCAUAACAUGGCAUCUACUCUCUACACAAAUCUAAAAGCUUUAACCGAACAACACGUGAAGGAUAAGAUAGAAGGCUUUAUCAGCGAGACACCAGACCGGUUGAUCUUCUUGAAGCAGAUGAACGACUACUGGCUGGCCCAUUGUCGGCAAAUGAUCAUGAUCCGCAGCAUUUUCCUGUAUCUUGAUCGCACCUAUGUGCUGCAGAAACCCACGCUGCAUUCAAUCUGGGACAUGGGACUGGACAUGUUUCGGUCGCAUAUUGUUAUGAAUAAUUUGGUGCAGACUCGCACCGUAGAUGGACUUUUAAUACUGAUUGAAAACGAGCGCAUGGGCGAAACGGUGGACCGCACUCUGCUGAAGUCGUUGCUGCGCAUGUUGUCUGAUCUGCAGAUCUACCAGGAUGCGUUCGAAACCAAGUUUCUGGCGGCCACUGAGCGCAUGUACGGCGCGGAAGCGCAGCGUCUCAUGCAGGAAGAAGACAUCCCUCAGUACCUACAUCAUGUUGACAAGAGGCUCAACGAGGAGAAGGAGCGCUUGCUGCAUUACCUCGACUCCAGCACAAAAUGGCCGUUGAUUCAUACAGUGGAGAAGAAACUGCUAACAGAGCAGAUGGUCAAUAUUCUUCAGAAAGGACUGGAUGCUUUGCUUGAACAAAAUCGUGUUGAAGACUUGACUCUUUUAUACGCACUCUUCACUCGCACCAAGAAGGGCCUCACUGAGCUUUGUGUCAGCUUCAAUGCUUAUAUCAAGAAAAAAGGGAGAACAUUGGUGAUUGAUCCGGAAAAGGAUAAGUCAAUGGUGCAAGAUGUACUUGAUUUCAAAGAAAAAUUGGAUCACAUAGUACAGACAUGCUUCCAGAAGAAUGAAAAAUUCAAUGUCAGUCUCAAAGAGGCUUUCGAAAAUUUCAUUAAUCAGAGGGCCAAUAAACCAGCUGAAAUGAUCGCCAAGUUUGUUGACAACAAAUUGAGAGCGGGCAACAAGGAAGCAACAGAAGAAGAAUUGGAAAGACUGCUGGACAAAAUUAUGGUCCUAUUCAGGUUUAUUCAUGGCAAGGAUGUUUUCGAAGCAUUUUACAAGAAGGAUCUGGCGAAACGACUUAUUGUUGGCAAAUCGGCCUCAGUGGAUGCUGAAAAGAGUAUGCUGUCCAAGUUGAAACAAGAAUGCGGAGGAGGUUUCACGUCCAAGCUGGAAGGAAUGUUCAAGGAUAUGGAGCUUAGCAAAGAUAUCAAUAUUGCUUUCAAGCAGUACAUGGCUAAUGCAAGAACGCAAAAUAUUUCCUGUGAUAUAUCAGUAAUAGACCUAACAGUGAGCAUUUUAACAAUGGGCUAUUGGCCGACCUACCCGGUGAUGGAGGUGACGCUGCCUGUCGAGAUGGUGCAACACCAGGACCACUUCAACAAGUUCUAUCUGGGAAAGUACAACGGUCGCAAGCUGCAGUGGCAGCCCACGCUUGGCCACUGUGUUCUCAAAGCUUUCUUCACUCAGGGUAAUAAAGAAUUGCAAGUAUCGUUGUUUCAAGCCCUUUGUUUACUAAUAUUCAAUGAGGUUGAUGAAGUAACCUUCGAAGAUGUAAAGAGCUCUACAAAUAUUGAAGAUUCAGAAUUGAGAAGAACCCUUCAAUCACUGGCAUGUGGAAAAGCGCGUGUUUUGACGAAAACACCGAAAGGAAGAGAAGUUGAGAAUGGUGAUAAAUUCUCGUUCAAUGCAGAUUUCACUAAUAAACUAUUCCGAAUCAAAAUAAAUCAAAUUCAGAUGAAAGAGACGACGGAAGAGCAAAAGGCGACGGAAGAAUGUGUAUUCCAGGACCGACAGUACAAAAUUGAUGCAGCUAUUGUCAGAAUAAUGAAGAUGCGAAAAUCUCUAGGCCACAAUAUACUCAUUACUGAACUCUACGGCCAGCUCAAGUUCCCAGUCAAACCUGCCGAUCUGAAGAAGCGGAUAGAAUCGUUAAUAGACAGAGACUACAUGGAGAGGGAUAAGGACAAUCCCAACCAGUACAACUACAUGGCGUAGAUUGCCAGCUCCCCCCCCCCCACUUCUACCCAAUCGCCAGCAUCUGCUUCUACAUCCCUCCUCACCCCUCUCACUUCAAGCAGUGACAAGAGAAGGAGGAAGAUCAGUCGACAGCCGUCAUUACGAAAAUCUGAUUGAUUAUGCUUUGAAGCAGUGCAUGAGUUUGUAUAAAAUUGAGAGACGAUAAAAAAUACUAGAUGGCAUAAUGCAGUUAUUUGUUGUCGUUUAUUUUUAAGCAUUAUGCUUUGUAAAAACGUGUAAGAUUUAGAUUGUACUUUUCUACUUAUAGAUUCACAGUUGUGAAAAGAUUGAAGACUAUUGGUCUGGCCAAACUUGUUUGGUGCUUCAUGACCACAAGUGAGAGAUCAUUAAACUAUAUUUUUAACUGUGCAAGAUUGAAAACUACAUUUUUAUCCUAAAAUCUAAUCGAGGUUGGCAAUUUUGAACGAUUACUUAACCUCUUUCUAUUUCGUAAUUUUCCAUCUAACCUAUGCAGUUUGUUAACUACUAAGUUUCUUGUAAUCUUUACCGUAUUCUCAUUACUUCGAAAAAAUGUAUCAUUUUGCAAGAGUAUUACAGCUUCUUUAUCUUCACUAGUCAUUACUCAAAGGCUGUUUUCAUGGUUGAACGAAACAUUUUCAUUUUUCUCUGGAGAUAAGUUUGUAAUUUGGUUUUAAUAAAGAUAAGUGACAUUU